AUGUCUGAGCCCCGGCGCGCCGCCCCGGCCGAGCUCCCGCGGCCCCGGAGCCUGGACGGCAGCAGCAUGUUCCGCCGCACCAAGAGCUGCCGAACCAGUAACAGGAAGAGCCUGAUCCUGACCAGCACGUCCCCGACGCUGCCGCGGCCCCACUCCCCCCUCCCGGGUCACAUCGGCAGCAGCCCCCUGGACAGCCCGAGGAACUUCUCCCCCAAUGCACCCGCCCACUUCUCCUUCACCACCUCGCGCAGGGCAGACGGGCGCCGCUGGUCUCUGGCUUCCCUUCCCUCGUCCGGAUAUGGAACCAACACGCCCAGCUCCACCGUGUCGUCGUCCUGCUCGUCCCAGGAGCGGCUGCACCAGCUGCCCUACCAGCCCACCAUGGACGAGCUGCAUUUCCUCUCCAAGCACUUCGGCAGCACCGAGAGCAUCACAGACGACGAUGGGGGGCGCCGCUCCCCCGCCGUGCGCCCCCGGUCCCGGAGCCUCAGCCCGGGCCGCUCCCCCUCCUCCUACGACAACGAGAUAGUGAUGAUGAACCAUGUGUACAAGGAACGGUUCCCCAAGGCCACGGCGCAGAUGGAGGAGAAGUUGCAGGAUUUCAUCACGGCCUUCGAGCCGGAGAGCGUGCUGCCCCUGGCCGACGGGGCGCUCAGCUUCAUCCACCACCAGGUGAUCGAGCUGGCCCGGGACUGCCUGGCCAAGGCCCGCGAGGGGCUGAUCACCACCAUCUACUUCUACGAGCUGCAGGAGAACAUGGAGAAGCUGCUGCAGGACGUGAGUGGGGGGAGGGGCUGCCCCCAGGCCUACGAGCGCUCGGAGAGCCUGGAAGUCGCCUUCGUGACCCAGCUGGUGAAGAAGCUGCUGAUCAUCAUCUCCCGCCCGGCGCGGCUCCUGGAGUGCCUGGAGUUUAACCCCGAGGAGUUUUACCACCUGCUGGAGGCGGCUGAGGAUCACGCCAAGGAGGGACACCUGAUGAAGACGGACAUUCCCCGCUACAUCAUCAACCAGCUGGGCCUCACCCGCGACCCCUUCACAGACAUGGUGCAUCUGGAGGAACACGACAGCGGUGGAUCCAACACGCCCGAGACAGACGAGUUCACGGAGGGCCGGGGAGCUGCCCUGAAACACAAGAAACCGCCCGGAGAAGGGGACUUUGAAACCAUCAAACUUAUUAGCAAUGGAGCCUAUGGGGCCGUGUACUUGGUGCGGCACAAGGAGACCCGGCAGCGCUUUGCCAUGAAGAGGAUCAACAAGCAGAACCUGAUCCUGCGGAACCAGAUCCAGCAGGCGUUCGUGGAGCGGGACAUCCUCACCUUCGCCGAAAACCCCUUCGUCGUCAGCAUGUUCUGCUCCUUCGAGACCAAGCGCCACCUCUGCAUGGUCAUGGAGUACGUGGAAGGAGGGGACUGUGCCACGCUGCUGAAGAACAUUGGGGCCCUGCCCGUGGAGCUGGCGCGAAUGUACUUCGCCGAGACCGUGCUGGCCCUGGAGUAUCUACACAACUAUGGCAUUGUCCACCGCGACCUCAAACCUGACAACCUGCUCAUCACCUCCAUGGGGCACAUCAAGCUGACGGACUUUGGCCUCUCCAAGAUGGGGCUGAUGAGCCUCACGACCAACCUGUACGAGGGCCACAUCGAGAAGGAUGCCCGCGAGUUCCUGGACAAGCAGGUGUGCGGGACCCCCGAGUACAUCGCGCCCGAGGUGAUCCUGCGGCAGGGCUACGGGAAGCCGGUGGACUGGUGGGCCAUGGGCAUCAUCCUGUACGAGUUCCUGGUGGGCUGCGUCCCCUUCUUCGGGGACACCCCCGAGGAGCUCUUCGGGCAGGUCAUCAGCGACGACAUCCUGUGGCCGGACGGGGAGGAGGCCCUGCCCGCGGAUGCCCAACACCUCAUCUCCUGCCUGCUGCAGACCGACCCGCUCGUCCGCCUGGGGGCCGGUGGCGCGUUCGAGGUGAAGCAGCACAACUUCUUCAAGGAGCUCGACUGGGCGGGGCUGCUGCGCCACAAAGCCGAGUUCAUCCCCCACCUGGAGUCGGAGGAGGACACCAGCUACUUCGACACUCGUUCGGACAAGUACCACCACAUCAACUCCUACGACGAGGACGACACGACGGAGGAUGAGCCGGUGGAAAUCCGGCAGUUCUCGUCCUGCUCCCCCAGGUUCAGCAAGGUGUACAGCAGCAUGGAGCACCUCUCCCAGCACGAGCCCAAGGGCCCGGGCGUCCCCAAGCGGGACCAGAGCAACAAACACAAGGACGAGGCGCUCGGCAAACGCGAGAGCCUGGGCAGCUUCACCCUGCGGGACAAGAGCUGGCGCAGCGGCUCCCCGGAGCUGAAGCGCCUCUCGGCCUCGGAGUACACCUACCCAGAGAGUGAGUCGAGCCCCCCGCUGGGCGCCCGGCGCCGCUUCUCGGCGCUCAUGGACACCAGCCGCUUCACCGCGCCGCUGGAGGACGACGACGAGCCCCGGGCCAGGGGCCCCGCCAGGGAGAACGGGGGCCCCGCAGCUGCCCCCCAGGCCGAGGGAAAGGAAGGGAGCGCGGGGACAGCCGGGGACCCCGCUGCCCCCAGAGACGCCGAGGCUGGCGAUAGAGUGAAGGGGGGCGAUGCCCAGCCCCUGAAGGACGCGGACCCCCAGACCCCCAAAGCCACCAGCGACCUGGUGCUGCGGCGCGCCCGGCACCAGCAGCUGUCCGGGGAGUCGGCGGGCGAGAGGCGCAGCACCCGGGUGGGGGGCAAGGUCAUCAAGUCUGCCUCGGCCACCGCCCUGUCCGUCAUGAUCCCCACAGUGGAGCAGCACACCAGCUCCCCCCUGGCCAGCCCCAUGUCACCCCGCUCCCUCUCCUCGAACCCGUCCUCGCGGGACUCCUCCCCGAGCCGUGACUACUCGCCCGCCGUCACCGUCCUGCGCUCGCCCAUCACCAUCCAGCGCUCCGGCAAGAAGUACGGCUUCACGCUGCGCGCCAUCCGCGUCUACAUGGGCGACAGCGACGUCUACAGCGUCCACCACAUCGUCUGGCACGUGGAGGAGGGGGGCCCAGCCCAUGAGGCGGGUCUCUGCGCCGGGGACCUCAUCACCCACGUCAACGGGGAGCCCGUGCACGGGCUAGUGCACACGGAGGUGGUAGAGCUCAUCCUGAAGAGUGGGAACAAGGUGAUGGUGACCACGACGCCCUUCGAGAACACAUCCAUCCGCGUUGGGCCGGCCCGCAAGAGCAGCUACAAAUCCAAGAUGGCGCGGAGGAACAAGAGGAGCAUCAGCAAGGAGGGGCAGGAAAGCAAGAAGCGCAGCUCGCUCUUCCGGAAGAUCACCAAACAAGCCAACCUGCUCCACACCAGCCGUAGCCUCUCCUCGCUCAGCCGCUCGCUCUCCUCCAGCGACAGCCUGCCCGGCUCGCCCACCCACAGCCUGAGCGCCCGCUCGCCCACCCAGAGCCUGCGCACCACCCCCGACUCUGCCUACCUCGGCGCCUCGUCCCAGAGCAGCUCCCCAGCCUCCAGCACCCCCAACUCCCCGGCCACCUCCUCCCACCACAUCCGGCCCAGCACCCUGCACGGCCUGUCGCCCAAGCUGCACCGCCAGUACCGCUCGGCCCGCUGCAAGUCUGCCGGCAACAUCCCCCUCUCGCCCCUGGCCCACACCCCCUCGCCCACCCAGUCCUCGCCCCCCCCGCUGCCCGGCCACACGGUGGGCAGCUCCCACACCACCCAGAGUUUCCCCGCCAAGCUGCACUCCUCCCCCCCGGUGGGCCGGCCCCGGCCCAAGAGCGCCGAGCCGCCCCGCUCGCCCCUGCUCAAGCGGGUGCAGUCGGCCGAGAAGCUGGGCUCGCCCCUGGGCUCGGAGAAGAAGGGGGCCGUGCGCAAACACAGCCUGGAGGUGACCCACACCGACUACCGCAAGGAAUUCCACCCCGAGGCCGGGCUGCAGAGCCUGGCCGAGUCGGACGGCGAGAGCCCGGGGGCCAGCGACGGGGCUGGCAGGCAGGUGGCCGCCCGGCGGCUGGGCCGGCAGGAGUCGGCCCUCAGCUUCGGAGCCGGGGAGGCGGCGGGCCCGGCCGGCGGGGGCCAGACGAGCGCCAAGGAAGGCCCGGCCUGCGCCGAGGCGGCCGGCAGCCCCCGCGACCCGGCGGGGGGCGUCAGGAGGCACCAGGGGGUUCAGACCGAAGAAGGCUUUGCCGCUCCCGCCCGGCCGCCGGCCAAAGCCUUGAGCCCGGUGCAGGAAUAUGAGCAGGGCAGGAGGGGUGAGGCAGAGGGGGCGCCGCGCGGGCCCGUGCCCCUGGUGGUGGAGCCCCAGGAGAGCGCCGACGGGCAGGGGCUGUGGGAGAGGAACGUCGAGGGGGGCCAGGGCCGGCAGCCCCCCAAGUGCCCCCAGAACCAGGCCGGCUCCCCCAAGGAGAAGUUGAUCCUGGAGGUGGUGGAGGAGCACACCACCCUGGGGCCCCGAACCAAGCCCUCCUCCCCCAAAGGCCCCUGCUUGGGUGCCAAAAAUGGGCUGGCCCCCCCCCGGAAGGGCCUGGCUGAGGCGAAGACGCUGGGAGUGAUCCUGCCAGCGGGGAGGGGCCCUGCCCCCCAAGUCCUGCCCCCUGCUGUUGUGGAGAAAAAUGCGGCGGGGCACUGA